GUGAUAUGCAAAUCAGCAGCCGAACGCGAGGUGUCAACAUAGUUGUCCCUGAGUUUAGCAAAAGAACAGGACUCACCAUGGCACAAUAUCGUGCCCCAAAGUCUGGACUAGCCCGUGAGGCACAGGCCAAGAUAGACGCAACCUUUGACUCCAAAGAGGCCUAUAAGUGUCUCGAAUGGAUACAGACAAUGAUUGGUCAGGACCUACAAAUCGAAAACAUCGAGGACAAAAAACUUAUGAUGAACCAUUUUUAUAAUGUACUGAAAGAUGGAACCGUCUUGUGCAGAUUUAUUGAUACAGUUAUGCCCCAGGACCGGAAGUUAGACUUUUCUGUGAAGGCAUUCCAACCCACGAACACUGUAGCUUUUGCCUCUGCUCGCGCUCGGGAAAGAAUCGGGAUAUUUCUGGAAAAAGUUCGGGAAUAUGGAAUUUCGUGUACAAGCUCAUUUCAAACAGACUAUCUAUAUGAGCGCACCAACCUCGUUCAAGUGUGUACGUGUAUCAGAGCGAUUGGGAUCGAGGCACAGACGAGGUCGGACUACCAUGGGCCUUUUAUUUGGCCGAAGAAAGCAAAGGAAAACAAGCGAACAUUCUCUGAAGAACAACUACAGGCAAGCAAGCAAACGAUCAGCCUCCAGUAUGGCACGAACAUCGGCGCCUCUCAAGCUGGUCUCAACUUCGGCAAACAGAGAAUGAUAAUUGAUUGACCUUGAAAUGUGACCUUACAUUGUAUAUGACCAUUGUUUGUGAUUCUGUGCCAUUUUUGUUUACCUGUAACACGUGACCAUUGUGUGAUAUUGGUACAAGUAUUUUGUAUAUGGAGUUGGAACAUCAACACGUGACAUACAUAUGACCUUGCCACAUGACCUUCGUUGGCACAUUACCUCGAAUCACAUCGCACUGUAUGUGACCUUGACACUGGACCUUUUUUUCUGAGGCCUCAUCUUGAUAUUAAUUUGAUAUAUAAAUUAGCAUACAGUAAAUUCCAUGGAUCUACCUGGUGCGAUUGUGGUGACCUCUGAGUUGACCUUUGAAUAUGUUUAAUACAUGCAUGUGACCUAUGACUCGCCAUUGAAUGUAUGUAAAAAUAUAGCUCUCUUAUCAGUGUACCAACACCAUGAUCAUAUACCGAUAAGUGUUCUUGUCAACCCAUUGUCAAUCAAAAUUCAGAUAGACAAAGCUUUUACUAUUUGUGUAGUAGUCUUGAAAACAUGUCUCAUAAUAUGAUGAUGAAUAAUUAAGAAUGAUUUCUGGAUUGUCAUAAAGUUGAAUUGUAAUAAGUGACAAAGAGAACUAUAAGUUAAAACUAAUUUUAAAAGAAAACCGUAAGUCUUGUUGCACACGAAUAUUGGGGCAGCUUCUGUAAUAGAUUCAGUUCACACACAAACUAGCUUAUAUCCAUCCUCGAUCCCAGGUGAAGAUCGCACUGUCACAGUGCGAUCUUCACCUGGGAUCGAGGAUGGCUAAUGUCGACCGUUUCGGGAUUUCCCCAUUUCUCAUUCCCCAGAAUCCGGAUUAUGGUGACCGGUGUUGUAUCAUGAAUCAUUUGUAAUAACUACCGUUCGGACUAUGGAGUCUGUAAAUCAUAUUUCUCAUUCUAAGUAUUCUAUAUUUCCAUAAUAGUGGUGCAAAUUUAACUGUGGAUGUCAAUCGUGUAGUUUUGUUGUUGAUUUUGGCACGUAGGGAAAUUGUCCAUGUUUGUUCUUUUACGUUAUUAUGACUUUUUCAUAUUUUCGUAAUCAUGUGACGUCAUCAGAAAUGGUGACGUCAUAAGUAAUGGUUCAGUAAUGAACAAAAUAUGAAAUUCGCGGUAAUUUUGAAGUUUAUUGUUUAAUAUCGGCCAAUGCCAUCAAAAUAAAAACGAUGUAAUUUGAACGUAUUUAUAUAAACAAAAGUAUUUCACAAGGAAUACUUCAAAGGAUAGUGAUGUGGUUGUUUGUAAUAUGUUAGAAAUCAGCGAUUUUUUUUCUCUCAACAUCAUUCAGAUGUAAAUACAGCAAGCCAAAUUACUACUAUGCAUUGAAUCAUAUACAUCUUUAAAAUAAAUAAAUUAUGUUAGAAUUUAUAUUAAUUGAAACCAAUAUGAUAUACAUUGUACAUGUGUAUGCAUUAUAAUACAUUCCGGAAUCCCUGAAGAUUUAGAUGCUGAGUAUCGUACCUUCAAAAUUCAAGGGUUCCAUUGUCGGUAUCCAUUCAUAAAUAAAGGACUGAACCCGAAGAAGGGAACCUCGUAAAAUAUGUUACGAUUUUACUAACUGAAUAGAUGAAAAAUCAACUGAAUCAACCAAAGGAAGAGUUAUUUCCCUUUAGAGUUAGCGAUGUUCAAAGGUAAAAAAAACAAACAUGUUAUUUAUUAGAAAUGUUGGUUACAAAUCUCAUGAUUAUUUGAUAGUAAAUGCUAUUCACGUAGAC